AUGGCCCCGGCGUCUCUCAGCAUGAACUCCGCUGGGCUCAGGACGUGCGGUAGGGUCCUCGCGGGGUCCGGCUCGCUGCCCUUCAGUGUCGACUCGCUGCUGGAGGCAGAGCGCGGUCUGGGCCGGGAGCCCCCGACGCCCCGGGAGGAGAGGCCGCGGGGCGCCGCGGAGCCCAGGGCCUGGUUCCCGCCGGCCGCCCGCUCGUCCUCCCCACGCGCCCCCAGCCCUCCGCCGUGCACCCUCCGAAAACACAAGAACAACCGCAAGCCGCGGACGCCCUUCACUACGGCGCAGCUGCUGGCGCUGGAGCGCAAGUUCCGCCAGAAGCAGUACCUGUCCAUCGCGGAGCGCGCCGAGUUCUCCAGCAGCCUGAGCCUCAGCGAGACGCAGGUCAAGAUCUGGUUUCAGAACCGCCGGGCCAAGGCCAAGCGGCUGCAGGAGGCCGAGCUGGAGAAGCUGAAGCUGGCGGCCAAGCCGCUGCUGCCCUCCUUUGCGCUGCCUUUCCCCCUGGGCGCCCACCUGCCCGGCUCCCCUGCCGUGUUCGGCGGCGCGGCGGGCGCCCUGCCGCAGGUGCCAGGACUCCUCGCCGCGCCCGCCGCCUACGGCGUGUAUUACCUGUCCUAG